AUGGACUUCUCGAUGCCCAAUUAUACCUUCAAUUACUCCAGCUUGGAUGGUGACUACUCCAUGUAUGAUUUUGAUGGCUAUGAAGUCCCUCACAGCUACCGUGCCAUCCUGGCGCUCUACGCCGUCAUCUUCCUCCUGGGCGUUUUGGGCAACGGAGCUGUCAUCUGGGUGACCGGUUUCGAGCUGCGGCGCACGGUGAACGGCGUCUGGUUCCUCAACCUCUCCAUGGCCGACCUCCUCUGCUGCCUGGCCUUGCCCUUCCUGGCCCUGCCGCUGGCCAGUGACCACCACUGGCCGUUGGGUGGCUUCGCCUGCAAGCUGCUGCCCUCCCUCACCAUCCUCAACAUGUUUGCCAGCGUCCUCCUCCUGAUGGUCAUCAGCGCCGACCGGUGCGCCUUGGUGAUGCGCCCGGUGUGGUGCCAGAACCACCGGACCCUGGGCCUGGCCCGGGGGGCUUGCGCGGCUGCCUGGUUCCUGGCCACCCUCCUCACCCUCCCCUCCUUCAUCUUCCGCACCACCCGUUUCGACGUCUUCUCCGAAAAGACCACCUGUGUCCUGGACUACAAGGCCGUGGGGCAUCACCAGCACCUCACCGAGCUCGUCACGGCCGUCACCCGCUUCGUCUGCGGCUUCUUGGUGCCCUUCGUGGUGAUCACGGUUUGCUACAGCCUGCUCCUGGCCCGUGUCCACACCAAGGGCUUUACGCGCUCCCAGAAAGCCAUCAAGCUCAUCUUAGUGGUCAUCAUCAGCUUCUUCGUGUGCUGGCUGCCCUACCACGUCGUGGGGUUGAUCCUGGCCUCCACCCCUCCUCACAGCAAAGCUUUCAAGGGUGCCCAGGAAGCUGACCCCGUCGUGGCCGGCAUCGCCUACAUCAACAGCUGCAUCAACCCCAUCAUCUACGUCGUGGUGGGCCAGGAGUUCAGGGACAAGUUCCAGCGGUCCUGGAGAGCCGUGCUGCGGGGCGUGCUGAGCGAUGACCCCACCAGCACCAUCGGGGACAGCAGGAUGAAGACCAAGUCCACCGUGGAUGACCAAAGCGUCAGCACCACGGUGUGA